AUGGACGAUGAAGUCUCCUUCACUCUGCACUCUGUGCACGAGUUCCAAGCCAAGCUUGACGACAUUGUAUCGAGUCCCAGCGAGACCAACGAGCUGAUAGAUGCCGCGCUGCGCUCCUACCUCGCAUUGGCAACUAGCUUCAGGCAGGAAUACUUGAAGUCUGAGUACGAUCUUGCGAAGUAUUGCUACAAACUUCUGGAUGCGAAACUGUUUCAGGAAAACCAGGACUACGUCCGGCGACAGUUCUUAUAUUGUCUGCUUCAGGACGAAGACGUGGACACGCUCCACCUGGCAGCUGCCUUGCUGCUGUUUGAUGGUCGCGCCCACGAGGCAUGUUUCGAGCUCAUGCAAGCCGACGGAGCGUUUGCGCGGUUAGUGGAGCUGAUACGCAGCAAACGUGACGAUGACAUCGGCCUGCACAGACUGCUCCUCGAGCUACUGUACGAGAUGUCGCGGAUACAGAAGCUCGGCAAGGACGACCUAAUGACUGUUGACGACUCUUUCAUACUCUACCUAUUCCAGCUAAUCGAACAGUUGUCGGAUGAUGCUGAUGAUCCUUAUCAUUACCCCAUCAUCCGUGUGCUGCUCGUGUUGAACGAGCAGUAUAUGUGUCUUGCGAAUGAGACUGGGUCUCCUGACGGCAUCAGCGGCAUGACAAACCGCGUUCUGAAGUUGCUCUCGGCCCACGGCUCCUCCUAUCGAACCUUUGGCGAGAAUCUGAUAUUGCUCCUAAAUCGCGAGGCUGCCCUAAGCCCACAGCUACUUAUACUCAAGCUUCUGUACCUGCUGUUCACGACGCCAGCCACCUACGAGUAUUUCUACACUAACGACUUGCACGUGUUGGUGGACGUGAUCAUACGCAACUUGCUGGAUUUGGAUCCUGGAGCCGGAAGAUUGGAUGAGGAGAGAGACGGCCAGAAAGCUCUGCGGCACACUUACCUGCGCGUCUUAUGUCCGUUACUGAAGAAUACGCAGCUUGCCCGCGAAGGCAACAAUUACAAGCGGGAGGAGGUGCGCAAGCUGCUGCACGUACUGGUAAACAGGUCUGUGGCGCACUUCGCUCCAAUCGACGAAACUGUUAUUCGACUUGUGGUACGUUGCAAGCAAAUCGAGUGGCUCAGAUCGGACGGUGAGGAGCAGGACCUCCAGAUUGAACGGAAGCUGUCUGAAGUGGCGCCGAAGGAUUCCGAGGUGGCGAAGAGGCUGUUGGGUAUUUCACUCGAAGGCGCGAGCAUUAGUAGUCUAAGCGUUGUCGAUGUGGCAGCCAAAAUCACCAAGGAGAAGCCAACCGUACCUGCUCCAAGGAGGAGGAAGAAGAAAAUAAACGGCUCUGCAGCAAACGGGACGCAUGGCACCGAACUGAAAGUGCCAACACAGGACCUCUCUGCGUCAAUAACCUCGAUGUCCGGCUCUGACACACACGGGGAUGGCCGCAGUCCAUUCGCGGACGACGCUGAGGCAGACUGA